AGCGUCCGCCAACGCUCAAGCCAUUUUCGCCAUGAAUUCGGCCGUGCUGGUCGUCGCGCUGCUGUGGCUCGGCGCCGCCCGCGCCGGCUUGGUGCUCUCCGACGACGAGAAGUACAAGUUACCGCCCAACUUCCUGUUUGGAGCGGGCACCAGUGCCGUGCAGACGGAGGGCGCCUGGGACAAAGACGGGAAAGGGGAAAAUGUGUUCGACCACUACUAUCAUACGCACAAUGUGCCAACAAACGAGUCUGCUGACAUUGCCUGCGACUUCUACGGACGUUACAAGGAGGACAUCGCCUUAGCCUCAAAAGUUGGGUUCAACGUUUUUCGGUUAUCCUUUUCGUGGGCGAGGUUCUUCCCCGAUGGCGAUAUGAGUCGGCCUGUCAAUGCACUGGGAGUGCAACACUACCACAACGUACUAGAUGAGCUUCGGAAACACAACAUCGAGCCACUGGUGACGAUAUUUCACUUCGAAUACCCUCAAGCUCUGGAGGAUGCGUUCGGUGGCUGGGCGAGCGAGAAGAUGGUUGACGUGUAUGUAGAAUAUGCGGAGUUUCUUUUCAAGGAGUACGGCAGCAAGGUGAAAUAUUGGACGAGCAUCAACGAGGGUGCCCUUUACUGCUCCCUGCUGGCCGAUUUCAUAAUACCUCCCAAGACAAUGAACACGGCAGAACAGCAGAACGCGUGUCUGAAGAACACCAUUAUAGCUCACGCUAAGGCCCACAAGAUAUACCACGAGAAAUAUAAGGCAAAGUUCAACGGCCUGGUGGGCUACGGCGCGGGGCCACCCUUCUCUCGCGGGGCCACUCCCGAGGACGACGCGUACGCCGCGUAUUCCAACGUCAACAUCGGCAUCGGCCUCAGCGUCGACCCUCUGGUUUUCGGCGACUACCCAGAGGCGGUGCGCGCUUCCAAAAAGCCCUUCACCGAUGAGGAGAAAGAACUUAUCAAAGGCAGGAUCGAUUACGUGGGCAUUAACAUGUUUGGCGGUCGGAUCGAAAGUACAUCUGGCGAUAUAGACAACGGUGACGACAACUUCGGCAGUACUCAUAGCCCUUGGGUACUUCGCGAAAUGCCACUUUGGAUCAAGAACAGAUACGAGAAAGACGGCCGGAAACUGCCUGUUUUUAUUACAGAGAAUGGCAUCGAUUUAGCAGCAAGCUCGUCUCCAAUAGCCGACUGGGACAUUCGGGCCGUCUUCGUCAGUAAUUAUCUGCGAGAAUUAAUUGCUGGGAUAAAUGAAAACGGCACGAACGUGAUCGGUUACACGCUGUGGAGCUUCAUCGACACAUUGGAGUUUCGCGAUGGCUACAGCAAAACUGGCUUGGUGCACGUGGACUUCACGAGUCCUACACUGGACCGCACCUUGAAAGACUCCUGGACUUUCUUCAAGAGGGUUGCGAAGACUCGUGUGGUACCGCUGGUCGAGGUCGGCUCGCAACCAUUCCCAGACGACGACGCUCACUCCAGCUCCACCCGCUUUAGGAGCCCAGCAGUUUGGGCCAUGCCUGCUCUCUUACUGUCACUGUGGAUCUAAUUAAUUAAAAAGCAAAAAUUUCACGAAUUUGAUUUU